CAAUUCAGCCGAGUCAACUAUCCCGUACAGUGACUGCACCUCUUGUUAUUGUUGAUUGUACUACAAAUUUACCUCAUCCAUUUUUAUUUUUCAUUUUGGUAUCUACAUAUGCAUUUACCCUACUCAUUCCCAUCAAUUCCAACUUAUCUAUGAUCAUAUUUUUCUAUCCACCUCUUCCCUCUACAAAUUUCUGACAUCUAUCUCCAAGACCACACAGACCCUAACUUACAAACCCGCAUCUAGCCAUCCACAAUUCCCUCCCUCUCUCACAUCAACACAAAACCACAUGAUACCCCCCUAUAUUGACAUCUCCAUACCGGCGGCUUCCCUCCAAAAAAGGAAGCUGUUACAAAUCCUACCCUGAUUGGCCGACUUCCUAUCCAGGGAGUCCAAGACCACCAAGCGGCCUUUCUCGGACUCCCAAAUCUGCACCACGGUUCGUCCUGCACUUAGCGAUCAUGAACAUCGGAGCCAUCGCGUAUAUCCAACUUUAACGGUCGAGAACAACUUUCACUCGACCGGAGGUAAUGGGAAAGGAUGGGAUGAAGGCCCACCCCGUGCGCCAUCGGCUGACCCGAGUUCGGGUUAAGAAGGGAGUGAUGGAUGUCGUUGAAGAUAUAAAUAUGGCGACUUUUCCAUUCUCUUAGGUAAUUUCACGAUUUUUGUUUGCGAUUUAGAUUUUUACGGAGGAGAAUUCGUAAUUGUGUCGUGCUAAUUGACUUCACUCAGCCGCAUCGUUUCGCGCACCUGCCCUGCAUCUCAUUCUAGAACCCCUCGCUUUGCCCCACCAUCACCACCCCGCCAUUAACCGCAGGACACUUCCGCCGUUCGUCACAAGCCAGAAGCCCGAAGAGCAACAACAGUCAAACAAAUUCAACUACAUUUGUAUUCCCCGGAUCGCCUUUCAAGAUGACGACAAACACGAUGGUUCAACCAAAGUUCCUCCCAAACGGUGAUCAGCUCGGCGUCGUGGCCGUUGGCUUCUCGGGUGGUCAAGUAAGCUCUCCUUUUACAUCUAUUGGAGAAGCCAUAACAUCGCAUCUAACAUAACACCAAGUGCAAACCCGGUGUCGAUGCCGCACCCUCAGCUCUGAUCUCCAGCGGUCUCCUCACACAAUUGCAAGAAGAACUCGGUUACAAACUCUUCCACGAUGACACCGUCCACUCGUACAAAGAACUCCUCCCCGCAUCCGACCCGGACUACCGCGGGAUGAAGAACCCCCUCGCCGUCUCAGCCGUCACCAAAAAGCUCUCAGAGCAAGUCUACGCACAUGCGAAAGAGGGACGAACAGUCUUGACACUAGGAGGCGACCAUUCUAUUGCCAUUGGCACCAUUUCUGGCACGGCGAAGGCCAUCAGGAAGCGUCUUGGACGAGAGAUGGCGGUCAUUUGGGUGGAUGCGCAUACAGAUAUUAAUACGCCUGAGGGAAGUGGUAGUGGGAAUGUACAUGGGAUGCCAGUAGCUUUCCUCAGUGGCCUUGCAAAGGAGAGUCGGGAGGAUAUUUUUGGGUGGUUGAAAGAUGAGCAUAUGAUUAGUCUCAAGAAGUUGGUGUAUAUUGGAUUGAGAGAUGUUGAUCGAGCUGAGAAGGUGAUCUUGAGGGAGAACAAAAUCAAGGCAUUUAGUAUGCAUGAUAUUGAUAGGUAAGAUUGCUUCGUUCAAAUUCUGAGGUGUUGGCAUGGUACUAACGGGUUUAGACAUGGAAUUGGUAGAGUCAUGGAGAUGGCGUUGGGAUAUAUUGGAAACGAUACACCGAUUCAUCUUUCCUUUGAUGUCGAUGCUCUGGAUCCGACGUAUGCUCCUAGUACCGGUACACCUGUUCGAGGAGGUCUUACUUUGAGAGAGGGAGACUUUAUUGCAGAGUGUGUUCAUGAAACGGGAUGUAUGGUUGCAAUGGACUGUAAGUGUUCUCUACUUUCUCCAUAUCGCACUUCUCUACGAGAGGGCUUGAUACAAAUCCCGCCUUCUAUGAGGAUGAAAAUGCUAACACACCAAAAGUGGUCGAAGUCAACCCAACCCUCGAACCGGGCCUCAAUGACAUUGGAGCACAUGAAACUGUCCGAGCUGGCUGUUCGCUCGUUCGAUGCGCUUUAGGAGAAUCAUUGCUGUAAACCUGACAGAUCAACUUUUUUUCUUCUUGGAAUGGCUAGGAAAGGGGCAUUUUGGUCGAAAUUGGAUAAACUUGUAAAUUGGAUAUAGCACGGCAUGGUAUGGCAUGGAUGGCGGAAUAAAAAUAUGGAAGGGGGAUUUUUGAGUACCGCCAAGAUGCUCUUGGAUUGGAUGGAAUUGAAUUAGUAGAUUCGAUGGAGAUUUGGAAAAGAAAUGAAUAUCAUCUGCUGUCAAGAAUC